UUAACUAAGCAGUGGGGGAAGGGCAGCAGAGGCCUCACUCUCACAUGCAAACACAUGCUUGAGAGAGCAAAGUCAGCCCAGGGAAAGAGACAACAUUAAGAAACUAGCUUAAAUCAUUUAUCUGAACGACUACUACACGUUUUGUUUAUAAAUGACCUCUGAAGAUUGUUUUAGCUACACUCUUCCUGGCUCGAAUGAAAAGCACAGGAGGGCUCGUAACUGGACGGAUUCGGAGAUGAAAGCUCUUGUGUACAUCUGGGAAGAGUAUGUGACAGAGCUCAAGAAGGCUAAACGCAAUGCUAAGAUAUAUGAGACAAUGGCUAAGCAACUUUACGAAUUAACCGGGGAACAGCGACACAGAGAGGAGAUCAAGAUGAAGAUCACCAACAUGACUUUCCAAUACAGGCAAAUGAAAUACACUGCAAAUGGUGGAAAUGGUACACCUGAUUGGCCAUACUACAAAUCUAUUGAGAGAAUCUUGUCAAAGGUACCAGACCAUUGCCAUAUGAGCCCACCAAACCUCCCGACAGCUGGCCCCUCAACUUCCCAGUUUGAAUCUUCUGUGCCUCAGUCAGCUCCACCAAGUGGGUUUUUACCCGAGUACACUGGUUCCUCAGAGGAUAAAGACAAUGAUGACGAAGAAGGGCUGACAGAGGACUCCGGAAGUUCUUUUGAGACCAGGUCACAGCCACGUAAUAGGCGGAGACUGUCACAUGCGUCACUACGGCGAAAGAAGUUGCAUAUCUUGGAUGCAAUGCUGCAUGAACAUCGCAAAAUAGGUCGUGCGGUAGAGGAGGCAUGUCAUGAGGUUCGCCGUGUUAUGCAUCAGCAGAACUUCCUGCAGGUGCAGAGCCUUCAGCUUCAGGAACGAAUGAUGAACCUCUUGGAAAAGAUGAUCCCUGCUGUUACUCACCCUGUCCAUUCUUGGCCUAACCCACCAGCCACAAAGGGUUUAGGAACACCCACACCCGAGUCAUAGAACCUCAGAUAUACCGUAGAAUAAGAAUAAAGAUUUUUUUUGCAGAGGAAGUGUUACUCCGAACAAUUUGAUUAAAGGGAUAGUGCAGCAAAAAGAAACUCAUGAUUAAUGCUGCGUUCAAGACACCUUGGAAGUGGGGUAUUUCCCACCACAAACGCAGAAGUAACGUCUGGAUUUAGCAUUAAAACAUUAAUAUUACUAAUGUUUUAGUAGCAUUAAAACACUACGAGUAUCUGUUAACGUUAAAAGAGCACCAUUCCAUAUUUCUGAGAGCAUGUGAAAUAAAUGUAAAUAAAUAAAUGUAACUAAAUGAAUAAUGGUUUUGAUGGCCGUUCAUAGUGUACAUUCCAAAAUAUGGCCAGAUAAAUUAAACCUGACUGGCACCCAAACAUUAUAAUGGUCAAUGCACCACAUGCUCUUUAAUUCUUAAUGUGGACAAGACGGUUAAUCCAUUGCGCUGUGCUCGAAAAUGUGGAUUUGAAAAUGCGUUAGGGUUCAGUGACCGGGGUGUGUGCUGUGCUGGAAAUGUGUGUGCUUGUUCAUAGAUUUCAAAGACAAAUAAACAUGA